AUGUCUCUAAAUUACAUCAAAAACUUCUAUGAAGGAUGUGUUAAACCUCCAACUGUGAUUGGCCAAUUCCACACCCUUUUCUUUGGAUCUGUCCGGAUGUUCUUUCUUGGGGUGCUAGGCUUUGCAGUUUAUGGGAAUGAGGCUUUGCACUUCAGUUGUGAUCCAGACAAAAGAGAAGUAAACCUCUUCUGUUACAAUCAGUUCAGGCCAAUCACUCCACAAGUAUUCUGGGCAUUGCAACUAGUGAUUGUCCUGGUUCCUGGAGCCAUUUUCCAUCUUUAUGCUGCAUGUAAAAGCAUCAAUCAAGAAUGCAUUCUUCAAAAGCCCAUCUAUACUGUGAUAUAUAUCCUCUCAGUUUUAUUAAGAAUUAGCUUAGAGGUAAUAGCAUUUUGGCUUCAGAUUCACCUCUUUGGUUUCCAAGUAAAACCUCUUUUCCUGUGUGAUGCUGGAUCUCUUGGGGGGAAAUUGACAAUUAUAAGAUGCAUGGUUCCAGAACACUUUGAAAAGACCAUUUUUCUCAUUGCUAUGUAUACAUUUACUGUAAUUACAAUUAUAUUAUGUAUUGCUGAAGUUUUUGAGAUCAUAUUUAGAAGAUUAUGCUUUCUAAUUAGGCAAUGA